UUGUGGAUGCGCGUAUACUUGUAACCAAGAAACAAGUUUGGCGGUAAAAAGUUUGCCCGGCUGGUCGGCGUGCGCGUACACAAAUUAACCCGUUGUGCACGAAAUUUUAGUGGAAAAGAGAAAGACGACGAGCCAUGGCUGAGCCACAGCCUCAAAACAGUGCCCAGCUGCGCAAGAAGAGAAAGAAAAGUCGGUACGUGAAGCAGGGCUACCACAGGUCGGAGAGGGAUGACUACAGGAGGGUGGCUGCGCGCGCAUUUCUCCUGGGAAUCACUCGAGACAGUCAUCUCCGUGUGCUGGAGAGACAACAGUCUGACCGCGGACAAGCUCCGGCUGCCGAUGAGGGACGAAACGCCAGCCCCCUCGCUAUGGUCGUAUCUCCAACCCGCAAAGGCAGCAUUGUUCCGGCAGGCGAUGCUCCUUCCCCUCCCUCCACCCCUGUCCUCGAGGCACGCUACUUCCCAACCUUCAAAAUACCCACCACUGCUGACAUGUCCCUCGACCCAAGCCAGCUACAGUUUCCACAGCAGCUGGGGGCCUCCAGGAGUCUGGACCAGGGUCUGGGGGAGUCACAAUCUCACCACAGACUGGCCGCUGGCAUAAGAACCUCUCGCUCAUCCACCGACUACACAGACUCUGCGAUGCCGUCCGGUGAAAAUCAUCCGUCGUGUCUCCUCGUCGCAGCAAAGUGGCCGACCACCGCAGAGGGAGCCAUCUACCAAAACUUGCUUCCCAAUUCUCAGUACUAUGAGACUGGUCGUAGCUGGAGAUUGGUGUGUACAGGUCACACACAGACUGUCGUUUCAGUUUCGUCUGUUCUUCCCUACUACAAGAAGAACAUCAAGUCAAGGCACGAGACCCAGAGAGAGAGAUUCAGAGCAAGAGGUAACAGCUUCUCUCUCCAGAUGGACCUGGAAGGGGUGGAGCUUGGCACCACCACAGAGGAAGUGUCGCUGGCUUUUCUUCUGAACUCCGUAUGGAUCUCACCAGAUGUUCCCAUCCUGACCUCUGACCUUGAUGGCCCCGCCCUCCUCCGUAGAGGCAGCAUCCGGAGGUCGGCAGAGGUGAACGUGGCCGAGGGGAAACGGAGCAGUACCCCCACCCCCCUCGCUCGUUACCUCGUCACCCCCGAGGUGAUUGGGGGCGGGGACUCCGGUUCGGUGUUCCGAGGAGACCAUCGCUCCCCACUGGCCGUCAUCCUCAGCUACCAUCCUCUCUUCUUGAACAAUGACGAACUGUUUGCCAGCCCCAUGACGACCACACUCACUCCACCUGGCUACCGGGCAAGUUAACAAAGUUUAAGUUUAGCUCAUGCACACUGUGUCCACUGGUGAAACUCCUUCUGUACCAUGUGCCUCUUUUACUUGUGUAAAUUAUUUUCAGGUUAGGCAUUUCAGUUGUUUUAUGGCAGAAAUUUUUCCGAUCGACUUACGCUUACUGAUUCUAGGGUUCUAGCUCUAAAGGAACCUGUGUUAGUUGCUUGAAAAAUUGCCGAAAAUGUCCGAUUUCUCCAUUUUAGGUUUACUUGAUCAACAUUCUCUCUCAGGUAUCGAUCAUAGAGUAUGCGAGGAAGGCAGAUAUCAAGAAAGGGCUGAACGACAGGUUCAAAGAGAUUUACCCCCACGUGGAGCUGUCUCUUACCAAACUGGACAAGUCAGUCACCAGUGUUCCUUGUCCACUGUCUGAGUCUGCUCCAGACUCUGGAUUAACUUCUCUUCUCUUACAGGACCAAGAGAAAGUUGUAUGAAGUGGCUACUGAGCAACAUCUUGACUUGGCUGCUGUGGCCUACGCUUAUGUCUACUUUGAAAAGCUUGUGCUCAUGGGUAAGGUGAACAAGUCGGUGAGGAGACCAGUGGCCGGCGUCUGCCUACUGCUCGCAGCCAAGUUUGUUCUGGACCUCAAGAGGAAAGAAAUCAGCGACCUCAUUGAGGAGAUUGCAGACAAUUUCAGGCUGUCUUCUCGCGAGCUGCUCCUGUACGAAUUCCCAGUGUUGGCCGUCCUCCAGUUUUCUCUCCUCACUCCCAAUCACCAGGCCAGAUUCCACCAUGAAAAACUGCUCCACGCGGCAACUUAACACACACCGUACAUACCUUCCUCCCUUUGUUCGUUUUUCCAAUCUGUCAUUCUCACUUCCUCCCUGUCUCGUUCAAUCGCUUGCCUCACUGAG